UAACGAGCGUUCGCCCAGAUAGACCAUCCGGCUGGCUGACUGGCAACUCAAACAGCCUCGACAGUGCCGCGACGACCGGCAGCCACUCAAUCCGAUUUGUAAACAUUUCUCGCCGUUCGCUGGGACUGCACAGCAAGUUGGGAUUCUCUUCGUCGGGGAGCAAGAGCGAGCCAGCGAGCCAGCGAGCCAGGCGAGCCAGCGCGUGUGUGUGCAAGGAGAAUAAAAUAAAAAUAUAUUUAAUUACUUGUCAAAAUGCCGACAGUGCAGGUGUGUCUGCAAUGGACGGCUGUCGUCUUCAAUACAUUUACUUUGAUAAUUGGCAGCUUGGCUGCUCUAGCUGGCGUCUAUGAGCUGUUCUACAAACUCGAAGAGGGCUCCACGGAUCAUCUGGAGGUGGAGAAGCUGCUGCAAUUUGCCAUAGCGGGCACGCUAAUCCUAGCAGCCAUCAUAGGCUGCUUUGGCGCCUUUCUGGGCUCCAUCAAGGUGCUCGUUGUGCAUUUGGUAUUUUUGCUGCUGCUGAUAUGCGCACACAUUUGGAAGCUGGCGCACUAUAAUGAAACGAAGCUGCUGGAUGCGACUGAGGUGUUUGUCAUGAGCAUUUGGAUGAAGGAGCUGGUGCAUCCAGGUGCAAUGCAGCGCUUGCAGCAUACGUAUGAGUGCUGUGGCAACAAGGGCUCCAACGACUACAAGAGUCUAAGCAUGAAGGUGCCCAAGAGCUGUUUCCACAGCAAGGAUGGACUGAUUGCGGUUUAUCCUUAUGUCGAGGGCUGCAUGGCGGCGGUAAAGCGCGCGCAUCUGCAGCUGUAUCGUGAUGAAAGAUUGGUGCAUGCUGGUCUUAUGGGCUAUGAGAUUGUGGGCAUUAUUUUAACUAUAACGCUCUGCUGUCAGCUGACCAACAAAAUGCGUCGUUAUAACUAUUAAGUAAAUCAUAUAUAUAAG